AUGGAUCUAACCGUACCAGAAGUUGAAGUUCCCAGGAAUUUCGCACCUUCUCCUCAGUUCAAAUGGCUGUGUGAGGAGUUAUUUUCGAAACUAGAAGAGGUUCCAAACCAGAGACAUUUAACAACAAAAAGAAUAACAUUGAGGUACUACGAAAUCAUCACUAAUUUUGUUAAUCUUUGGAGAACAACUGUAGGCGAUGACAUAUAUCCUGCUCUAAUAUUGGCUUUACCUUAUAGGGAUAGAAGAAUGUACAAUGUUAAAGACUAUACAUUGAUCAAAGCAAUUUGUACAUAUUUGAAGCUACCAAAGAAUUCAUUCACAGAAAAGCGACUACUGAAUUGGAAACAAAGAGCUGAUCGAAGCGUCAAACUGUCUGUGUCUUGUGUGAAUGAAAUGCGCAAAAGGAAGAGUGAACCAGUCGAAAAAUCGCCCAUUACACUUGAUGAACUGAACACCUUAUUAGACUUCCUAAGUCAAGAUAGAAACAUAAAAGGACGCGGCUACAAAAACUUAUCUGAGUCUUCUAUUUUCACUUAUUGCAUUGAAAAGAUGUCAUUUAUGGAGUUAAGGUACUUUUUUGAUAUUAUACUCAAAGCAAGAGUUAUAGGUCCACAUGAACAUAAACUUUUGAAUGCAUGGCACCCAGAUGCUGAAGAUUAUUUGAGUGUUGUUUCAGACCUAAAAACUGUAUGUACAAGGCUUUGGAAUCCGAAUAUCAGACUGCGGCACGACGAGCUAUCAAUCAAUAUUGGAUAUGCUUUUGCUCCUCAUUUAGCCAAGAAAUUGAGUAUAUCAUACGAUAAAAUUUGUAAAAAAUUGAAGAAUGAUUUCUUUAUAGAAGAAAAAAUGGAUGGCGAACGAAUACAAAUCCAUUACAUGGAUUAUGGCAACGACAUUAAAUUCCUUAGCAGGCGUGGUGUAGAUUACACAUAUUUAUAUGGUGAGAACCUGAGUACUGGUACGAUUGCAUGCUACCUGAAACUUAACAGGGAUGUCAAAGAAUGUGUGUUGGAUGGUGAGAUGGUUACCUACGAUGAGGAUCAAGAUAUAUUACUACCCUUUGGAAUGGUAAAAAGUGCAGCAAUGAACGCAUUAACUAAGGAAGAAAUUUCUGGACAAGACUAUCAUCCCCUUUUGAUGGUUUUUGACUUGGUUUUUUUGAAUGGCUCGUCUUUAGUGGAGUUUCCACUUUAUCAAAGGAAGGAUUAUUUAGCCAGUGUACUUGAGCCAUACAGGGCCCGAGUACAAAUUGUUAAUUUUACGAGAUGUUCAAAUGAGAAUAUAAUACGAAAAUCAUUAGAGCAUGCCAUAUCAGUUGGGUCUGAAGGAAUUGUUUUGAAAAAUUAUAAUUCAAGGUACAUGAUAGGCAGUAGGAAUGAUAGUUGGAUCAAAAUAAAACCUGAAUACUUGGAGCAAUUUGGUGAAAAUAUGGAUUUAAUUGUAAUAGGCAGGGAUUCUGCCAAAAAAGACUCUUUUUAUUGUGGUCUCACGGUGCUGGAUGAAGAAGAAGAGAAAUUAGUUGAAGAAAUCGACAAAGGCGUUGUAAAUUUGGUUUCUGAUGAGUCUGACUACGAAAAUCCGGAGAAUAAUAGGCACAUCAAAAAAGUGGUAUCAUUUUGUAUGAUUGCCAAUGGCAUUUCUCAAAAUGAGUACAAAGAAAUAUACAGGAAAACGAGGGGAUUUUGGAAAAAAACUGAGGAAGUUCCUCCUCCUCCAGAACUAAUAGAAUUUGGUACACAGGUACCAAUGGAAUGGAUUGAACCAGAACACUCAGUAGUACUUGAGAUAAAAGCAAGAUCGUUGGACAAUACCGAAAGUAGCUGCAAAAGGUUCAAAGCUGGAUGUACGCUUUACGGAGGUUAUUGCAGACGUAUUAGAGAUGACGUAGACUGGAAAUCCUCAUUUAGUCUGGCGGAACUUAGAAGAGAUAGAAGAAUAAAACACUAUCCUGGUACGUCAGAGAAAGAUACUCUUUUGAAGUCCAAGAAAAGAAGGAAAAAACAGCUUUUGACGCCUUUAAAUCAAAAUUUGAAUCCGAGGGAUAUCCAGACAACGUCAAAAAUAUUUGAUGGUCUUUUCUUCUACAUACUUAGUGAUUAUUUUGAUACAAAUGAAAAUGUGCGAAUAAGCAAGGAUGAUUUACAGAAAUUGUUAUUAGAAAAUGGAGGAAAAAUUAGUCACAAUAUAGUUUCCAAAAGAGAAAGUAAGUCUAAUCUGAGAAUACUCUGUGGUAAAUACACUGCAGAGUGUAAUGUCCUGAUCAAAAGAGGCUAUGACAUAUUAUCUCCACAAUGGGUCAUCGACUGUGUAGAAAACAAGAAAAUCGUUAAAAUUGAACCAAGCCAUUGUUUCAGUGUAUCUGAUGAUUUAAUGGCGCUUGCAAUGAGAAGAGUAGACAAAUAUGGUGAUAGCUAUGAGUCGCUUCUAUCAGUUAGUAGGCUAAGCUACAUUUUAAGAUCUUCAAAAGACAUUUCACCAGAUUUGCUGUCACCUGCAAAUAUGAGUUUAGAUUUUGAAAAAGUCCCAUAUUUUCUAUUUUGGAGGAGAAAGGCAUUUGUGAUGGAGCACAAUUUCGAUAAAAGUUCAAUAAGGGAAACUAUAUUGAAAAUACAAUUGUAUGGUGGAAAAGUGGUGAAAAAUAUCUCUGAAUGCAACAUUGUGAUUUUCCCUAAAGCUGAAAUUACUGUAAUCAGGGAAAGCAUGAAAUUUAUUCGUAAUACACUAGCUAAAACUGUCUCAACUUCUGUGGAGUUACCUAUGCUGCCACGAAUCGUUAGCUUCGAAUGGAUCGACGCCUCUAUCGAGAAAAACGUCCAAGUACCAGAAGAAGAUUACGUUCCGAUGUAG